GAUUCACGUCAGCGGCGGCGCGCGCCUGGCUGGGCCCUGCGGAGCGGGAGGGAAGGAGCGCAGGAGCGAGCGGAGCGGCGGUCGCCAGAGCCCAGCCGAGCCGAGCCGCGCCGCCAGCCCGCUCGCUCGCUCGCUCGCUCGCUCGCGCUCCAGUCGCCGUGUCUAGCAGCGGGGCCCAGCAUGGUCAUGGCGGAUGGCCCGAGGCACUUGCAGCGCGGGCCGGUCCGGGUGGGGUUCUACGACAUCGAGGGCACGCUGGGCAAGGGCAACUUCGCCGUGGUGAAGCUGGGGCGGCACCGGAUCACUAAGACGGAGGUGGCGAUAAAAAUAAUAGAUAAAUCUCAGCUGGAUGCAGUGAACCUCGAGAAAAUUUACCGAGAAGUGCAAAUAAUGAAAAUGUUAGACCACCCUCACAUAAUCAAACUUUAUCAGGUAAUGGAGACCAAGAGUAUGUUGUACCUUGUGACAGAAUAUGCCAAAAAUGGAGAAAUAUUUGACUAUCUUGCUAAUCAUGGCCGGUUAAAUGAGUCUGAAGCCAGGCGAAAAUUCUGGCAAAUCCUAUCUGCUGUUGAUUACUGUCACGGCCGGAAGAUUGUGCACCGUGACCUCAAGGCUGAAAAUCUCCUGCUGGAUAACAACAUGAAUAUCAAAAUAGCAGAUUUCGGUUUUGGAAAUUUCUUUAAAAGUGGUGAACUGCUGGCAACGUGGUGUGGCAGCCCCCCUUAUGCAGCCCCAGAAGUCUUUGAAGGGCAGCAGUAUGAAGGACCACAGCUGGACAUUUGGAGUAUGGGAGUUGUUCUUUAUGUGCUUGUCUGUGGUGCACUGCCUUUUGAUGGACCGACACUUCCAAUUUUGAGGCAGAGGGUUUUGGAAGGAAGAUUCCGGAUUCCAUAUUUCAUGUCAGAAGAUUGUGAGCACCUUAUUCGAAGAAUGCUGGUCCUUGACCCAUCUAAACGGCUAACCAUAGCUCAGAUUAAAGAGCAUAAGUGGAUGCUCAUAGAAGUCCCUGUGCAGAGACCUGUUCUCUACCCACAAGAGCAAGAAAAUGAGCCAUCCAUCGGGGAAUUUAAUGAACAGGUUCUGCGAUUGAUGCACAGCCUUGGAAUAGAUCAGCAGAAAACAAUUGAGUCUUUGCAGAACAAGAGCUAUAACCACUUUGCUGCCAUUUACUUCUUGUUGGUGGAGCGCCUAAAGUCACAUAGAAGUAGUUUUCCUGUGGAGCAGAGGCUUGAUGGUCGCCAACGGCGGCCUAGCACCAUUGCAGAACAAACAGUUGCCAAGGCGCAGACUGUGGGGCUCCCAGUGACCAUGCACUCAACAAACGUGAGACUGAUGCGAUCUACCCUCCUCCCACAGGCAUCCAACGUGGAAGCCUUUUCAUUUCCAGCGUCCAGCUGUCAGGCGGAAGCUGCGUUUAUGGAAGAAGAGCGUGUCGACACUCCAAAGGUAAACGGCUGUCUUCUUGACCCUGUGCCUCCUGUCCUGGUGAGGAAGGGAUGCCAGUCAUUGCCUAGCAACGUGAUGGAGACCUCCAUUGAUGAAGGGCUGGAGACAGAAGGGGAAGCCGAGGAAGACCCUAGUCAUGCCUUUGAAGCUUUCCAGGCCACACGCAGUGGGCAGCGAAGGCACACACUGUCAGAAGUGACCAACCAACUGGUCGUGAUGCCUGGGGCAGGGAAAAUUUUCUCUAUGAGUGACAACCCCUCCCUUGACAGUGUGGACUCUGAGUAUGAUAUGGGGUCUGCUCAGAGGGACCUCAACUUUCUGGAGGACAACCCUUCCCUGAAGGACAUCAUGUUAGCCAAUCAGCCCUCACCCCGCAUGACCUCGCCUUUCAUAAGCCUGAGACCUGCCAACCCAGCCAUGCAGGCUCUGAGCUCCCAGAAACGUGAGGUCCACAACCGAUCACCAGUGAGCUUCAGAGAAGGCCGCAGGGCAUCGGAUACCUCCCUUACCCAAGGAAUUGUAGCAUUUAGACAACAUCUACAGAAUCUGGCUAGAACCAAAGGAAUUCUGGAGUUGAACAAAGUGCAGCUGCUCUAUGAGCAGAUGGGCUCAGAGGCAGAUCCUAACUUGGCAUCAGCUGCUCCUCAGCUCCAAGACCUCACCAGCAGUUGCCCUCAGGAGAAAGUUUCUCAGCAACAGGAAAGCAUCUCCACUCUCCCUGCCAGUGUGCACCCUCACCUUUCCCCAAGGCAAAGCCUGGAAACCCAAUACCUGCAGCAUAGACUCCAGAAACCCAGCCUUUUGUCAAAGGCCCAGAACACUUGUCAGCUUUAUUGUAAAGAACCACCUCGGAGUCUGGAGCAGCAGCUGCAGGAACACAGGCUCCAACAGAAGCGGCUCUUCCUCCAGAAGCAAUCUCAGCUGCAGGCGUAUUUUAAUCAGAUGCAGAUAGCGGAGAGCUCCUACCCUCAGCCAAAUCAGCAGCUGCCCCUUCCCCACCAGGAGAAUCCACCACCGUCCCAGCAGCCCCCGCCAUUCAGCCUGACCCAGCCCCUGAGCCCCGUCCUGGAGCCCUCUUCCGAGCAGAUGCAAUACACCCCUUUCCUCAGCCAGUACCAGGAGAUGCAGCUGCAGUCCCUGCCCUCGGCGCCCAGUCCCCGGGCUCCACCUCCUUUGUCCACGCAGCUGCAGCAGCAGCAGCCACCACCCCCACCACCUCCUCCACCACCACAGCAGCCAGGAGCUGCUCCAGCCCCCUUACAGUUCUCCUAUCAGACUUGUGAGCUGCCAAGUGCCACCUCGUCGGCACCAGACUAUGCUACUCCCUGUCAGUAUCCAGUGGACGGAGCCCAGCAGAGUGGUCUCUCAGGCCCGGACUGUCCCAGCUCAGGACUGCAGGAGGCCUCCUCCAGCUAUGACCCGCUAGCCCUCUCUGAGCUCCCUGGACUCUUUGAUUGUGAAAUGCUAGACGCCGUGGACCCACAACACAAUGGGUAUGUUCUGGUGAAUUAAUCUCAGCACAGGAAGUGAGUUGGGGCUAAUGAAGGCAGACUGUACUUCUAUUUUUAUUCCAGCCUUUUAAAUUUAAAGCUUAUUUUCUUGCCCUUUCCCUAAUGGGGAAAAAAAUGAAGUUGCCCAACUGGAAUCAGAGGGCUUGGCUGGGAUGGAUGUUCUUCCUCCUGGCUCUGUCCUACCACAAAGUUCUCUGUGGGCAAGCGUUGGAAUAUAGUUGUAGGCUGAAGCUCAGGCCCUUAAGUAAGGUGUAACAAGCUCCCAAGAGAGGCACCAACAAAUGUUUUCAUAAGACGACAACAUUUAUACAUAGGCUUUAUGCAGGAUUACACCAGUUCGUUAUCAAGGGGAACCUUGGUGAAAGCAGGAAGAAUGUGUGCGUUGCAUAAAUUUCCAUAGGCCGAACCAAAAAGGCCACCACACACUGCUUCAAGGCAAAUCAAGAAUACGUAAUGAAAUUUGAUGCACAGGAAAUAAAGGAAAGCCGUGCUUGGCCAUUGAGUCGUAAGUUUUUGGCUGCUGAUGCAGGUUGUCUCCAAGACUGACCAUCGCAAAGCAGUAGAGCAGGAGCUCUGUUUCAGGGGCCACUAAAUAACAGCUGGCACUGACCCCUGAGAUCUGUAGUCUUCAUCUAGGAGCAAGUGAUGCACCUGUGCAGAAGUGCCCGAGUUACCAAGAGUCAGAAUAUACUCAGGGCUCCAAACAUGUCACCCAUAGAACCAACAGGAAACCCACCACCAUGGAGGCUUGGUGCAAGAAACGGGAAAGCACAAGGAGCCCCAGCCCUGGGCCAGGAAGCCAGGCUCUUCCUGUGCAGUCUCUGGUGGAGACUUGUGGGUGGGAGGUCCAUCUCCAGGGGACUUUUCUCUUCCACCACAUAGUAACUCCUUUGACUUACACUAUUUGACUUAUACUAUUGCUAAUAGUUUAUUGAGCUUUGCAUAUUUGGACAGUUUUAUAUAGGGCUCAGACAUUUUAAGGAUUCAGAAAAUGAACUUUUAUGUCCCAUGUGAAGUGGUCGUGCUGUGCCUUUCCCCCAGUCAUACUUCAAUUCUUUCUUUUCGGUAGAAAUCCAGUUUCCAUUUAUGUCAGUGCUAAAUCCAAAGUUACUUCAGUUUGUUUUCCACCAUGUGGGAAUCGGCAUUCUUAAUUUCCUUAAGGUUUUGACUUGUACUGAAAUAUUCAAGUAUUACAGCAAUAUUCAAAGAAUCACAGAUGUGUUAACCAUUUAAGCAGAUCAUCUAUAUUUCUAGAAAAACUUAACCCAUACAAUUUACUCACCAAAGUAAGUGAAAAAUAGAUACUACAGCUAGUUAACUGUGUGCCUAGGCAUAAUGAAUAAUCUGGUAUUUGGACAGUGACAUCCAGAUGUUAACAGUUCAGUAUUAUUUAUAAAAACUUAUAAUUUCUGUCCUUUAGAGUGGCUUGUCCUAUCAGCAGAUGAAUGCGCUAAGCACAAGCGUCUUCCUUAAAGCACAAGAAGAGAGAUACUACACUGAUGCUGCAUCUAGAACACCUUUAAGUUGCCUUUCCUCUUUGUAGUAAGUGUCCAGGCAGGUGAGGAGAGCAUGGGAGUUUACGGAAGAGCCGUUUUGGCCCCCAGCCCAGCCCCUGCCAAUGUUGGUGACUUGAGCAGUCCUUGUGGCUUGCCAGAGACUGCCUAGCUGUCACAGCCCCCGCUGGUGCCAGGCUGCAGAGGCACUCUGCUUGGAGUUGGGCUCUGGGUGCCAGCAGGGAAGGGUAGCAGGAGGGACUGUCACUUUCGUGAUUUAAUAACACAGUGAAAAUCCAGAAAGAAUGAAUUCUGAUCCUUUUAUGGGUUGUUUAUUCCUCCUUGUGCUUAAGACUGAUGAUUUCAUGAGAUAAAGAACAUCAUUUCAUUU